AUGUCCGUCGAUUCCCGUCGUCGCCGCCGUCGUCACCAUCGUCGUUUCAGCUCGUGCGGUGGCUACUACCAGGCAGAGGGCCCUCCGGUUCAAGUUGAACCAGUUGAUUUGAGUUUGCGUUCACCACGCGCAAGCACCUCGUCGCAUGGCAUCAGCAAAUCCUCAUCGUUGGCCACCAAGGCGGUGGUCCAUGGCAAACAGUCGAUUGGUAGCUCAUCCGCCUCUGCAUCCUCCUCAUCCUCAUCCUGUGCCACUUAUGGCGCCUCAGCCUCAUUGGGACCAUUCGGUAGACAUCAUCAACAUGCAACGCAUCAGCAGCAGCAGCAGCAGCAACAACUUUAUGCCUCUGGCGUCUCCAAGUUGCCAUUUUCGCCAUUCUUUGCCGCAUCGCCAUUCUUCUUUACCUAUCGACGGAUUAGCAAGCAGGAGGAUAACAAUAACAGUUGCAGCUAUAACAAUGGCACCACUGGCGGCAAUGCUGGUGGCUCUAGCUCCUCCUCGGCCUCACUCAUGCAGGACUACGAUCGCAAAUUUAGUUUGCUAAGCUUGUUUAAGAAUCCCUACAAAUUCUCUGCCGAUGGCCAUCAAGGAGGAACUAAAACCUCAGCCUCAAGUAAAUCAAAUGCGUCCACUGCCUGUUCGCCAAGUUGGAAGAGCUACUCAUCCGCUGGCUCACCGCAUGCUGCCCUAAACCCUGCCUUCGGUGGGAUGGCCUUAGGUGCCACCCGCAAGGAUAACAGCAGUUUCAGUGGCAUCAAUUUCGGUGGUGGUGGUGGUGGUGGUGGCAGUGGCACCACAUCGUCCUCCUCCUCAUCGCCGUUCAGUCGAUCGACGGACACUUCAAGCAAUGGUGGCUACAAUGAUCUCUCCAAGAACCGCAAGGUACACAAAUGUGACACCGAGGGCUGCGACAAGGUCUACACAAAGAGUUCGCAUCUCAAGGCACAUAAAAGAACGCAUACGGGUGAAAAACCAUAUGUGUGCACCUGGGAGGGUUGCAUCUGGCGAUUUGCCCGCUCAGAUGAGCUAACCCGGCAUUAUCGCAAACACACGGGAGUGAAGCCCUUCCGCUGUCAGCUGUGUACACGGAGCUUCAGUCGAUCCGAUCAUCUCUCAUUGCAUAUGCGUCGCCACUGACCACUCUUGAUCCUGGCCAUAAAAUCACUACUCUAUAGCAUAUAGUACAUAUACAUAUAGAAAAAAAAAAACAAAACCAUGCCCGGAGAAUACUCAUUUAGACCACAUUGUAGAAGGAGGCCAAGUUACAUUGGAGCCAAGCCAAUUCUCUAGAUGAUCUAGAGUGAAACCUAUUUGUUCUUUUAAUGCCUAAGUAGCUCAAUUUAGUUUCUUUUUUGUCGGUAUACAAAACAAAAACAUAAACCGGGCUCAAAGCCCAAAUUAGUUUCUUAGUUUUAAACUAAAUAUUCAUAUUUAAGAAACAGAAAGGGAAAAAUUUGUAAAAUUUCUACCAUGCAUUGCCUUAAGAAGCCAAGUGAAAGA